AUGAAAACACAAUACACGUUCAAGGUCGUGUUUUACGGAAACGCGCGCGUGGGCAAGACAUCAAUCGUGAACCGGUACACAACGAACGAAUUCCAUGCGCACGUUCAGCACCCCGUGAGUCUCUGGGAUUCAAAAACAGUCGAGUUGACUUCGAAAGACAAAAAACAAUACUCCGUUGUGCUUAACAUGUUUCAUCAACCACAAGAAGACAUCAUGACAAGUUCCCCAGACUUCAUAGGACAAGCAGACGCAAUCAUUUCAGUCUUUUCUGUCGACGACCACAAGUCUUUUGAAGAUGCUUCGGGAUGGCUCUAUUUUGGUGAACAACAUUCAAACGCUUCAAUUAAGUUCUUAUUGGCAAACAAGACAGAUAAAAAGGAGAGAGCGGUGUCAAGGAUGGAGGCGAUGGAAUUGGCAAAGCAGUGUACUCUGAAUUAUAUGGAGGUGUCUGCGCGGAGUGGAAAGAACGUGACGGACUUUUUCGUGACGCUUGCAAAGCUUUUGUUGAAGGCAAAGGUCACAAAACCAAUAGAGAAGCCCAAAUCACCAGAGAACCUUCAACAGAUCCACGGGACUAUAUAUCAGCGUCUCGAUCAAGACGAGGCGGGUCUUUUACCAAAUUCGGUGUUAAUAACAGAAUGA